ACUAGUUAAGUUAUUAGUGAACAACUGCAGCACAACACGGGCAGUGAGCUAUAUUGCAACACCGUUAACCUUAAUAUCUGGUAAAAUAGCGUGUAAUCUUGUAUGCGUGUAAGAGUAUAGCUGCUAUCGUCGCGACGUUUAAAUCGCUGCUCAGUGUUGUAUCUAAGGUUAAAGGCAUCGCUGCUUAAGAAGAGAUCACUUCACCUGCAAUGAAAGCGGGCGUAGUCCACUGCCGUUGUUCAAAAUGCUACUCGGUUCCGGCACGGAAGCGGGUCCGUAAGCGAACUCCAGCCCUAACUUUGCUGUCUCUACCUGAGGAGGUUCUCCUCUGUGUGCUCCAGUGCCUCUCUGCUGAGGACCUGCUGUCUGUCAGAGCAGUUCACUCCCAGCUCCGGGACAUUGUUGACAACCACUCCAGUGUAUGGGCCAGGGUCAGUUUCAGGGACACGUGGCCAUCCCCCAGUACCUUAUGGCUUUUUGAAAGAGCUGCUGAAAAAGGGAAUUUCGAAGCUGCUGUGAAGCUAGGCAUUGCUUAUUUGUAUAAUGAAGGACCGCUGCUGAGUGACGAGGGGCGAGCGGAUGUAUGUGGUCGUAAGGCCUCCCACUUCUUUAGCCUGGCAGAGAGCCUGCGCUCUCCCACAGCAGAUCCCUUCAUCUGGGUGUUCAUCCGUCCGCCGUGGUCGCCCACUGGCAGCUGCUGCAAGGCCGUGGUGUUUGACCGUCUCAAGGCUGAGUGUGACAACAAUGGAGAGAAGAGGGGGCCCUUGUUGCACUGUUUGGCCAGAGUUUUGCAGCUGUUUGAAGAGGAUGAAAGACGCUCAGAUUCCAUAUCUAUGUUGGAGGAGUCUUCGCAGGCUGGCUGUCUACAGAGCUCCUACCUGUUGUGGGAACACAACCGUAAAACAGCUAUGGCAGAUCCAGGCAGGUACCUCCAGUGUGUCCGAACCCUCAGAGACUAUGCUGGCAAAGGAUGCUGGGAGGCACAGCUGUCCCUGGCCAAAGUGUGCAGCAGUGGGAAUCCGUUGGGUUUGGAGCCAAAGGCCUGCUCUGACUUAGUGGCCCAACUAUUCACUUCCUCUAAUCUGGCAUCACGGCACGGUUCUCAGGGCAUCCUCAGACGAGGCAUCAAGGACACCAUGAGGUACAUCCUGGUAGACUGGCUGGUGGAGGUGACCACUAUGAAAGACUUCUCCAGCCUGACGCUGCAUGUGACAGUGGGUUGUGUGGACCGUUACCUGGCUCUUCGCUCUGUCCCAAAGGCUCGCCUUCAGUUAUUGGGCAUCGCCUGCAUGGUAGUUUGUACACGCUAUAUCAGUAAAGAAAUCCUGACCAUACGUGAAGCUGUUUGGCUCACUGACAACACCUACAAAUAUGAGGACCUGGUUCGAAUGAUGGGAGAGGUCGUCUCUGUGCUGGAGGGAAAGAUCAGGAGCCCCACACUGCUGGACUAUGGAGAGGUGCUUCUGUCUCUGCUCCCUCUGGAGAGGCGGACCACUCACCUAUUCAGCUAUAUCUGUGAGCUGUCACUGCUCUACUCUGCUCUCGCCACACCACCACCUGCCAAACUGGCCUGUGCUGCACUACUGCUUACACGAGCACUACAUCAUUAUGCUCCCCUCUGGCCCAGCCAGUUAGCUGACUACACAGGCUUCUCCAAGCAAGACCUUGUCUCUCUUUCUGUGCUGCUCUAUGUCAAGUGUUUCAGUGAAGAUGUUCCCAAAGAUUACAGGCACGUGUCUCUGACAGGAGUUAAGCAACGGUUUGAAGAUGAGGCCUACCAGCAAAUCAGCAAAGAAAAGGUGAUGGACUUUAAAGAAUUGUGUCAGAUCUUGGAGAUUCCUGAGGUGGAGCCUCAGAUGGAUCCUCCCAGCCCCACUGGUCAACCAGCAGACAUCCAUACCUUCCUCGCUUCUCCAUCCAGCACCAACAAGAGGAGACGCGAUGACGGCAUGCAGGCCCACAGAGCCAGUUUUGUGGCCACGCCCACAGCAGAGCUGUCCAAUCAGGAGGAGAUGCUUCUAGACGACAUCCUGGACUGGAGCUUGGACACUUCCUGCUCAGGUUAUGAGGGGGACCAGGAAGAAGAGAGCGAGGGAGAGAAAGAUGGUGAUUCCUCGAUGAUGUCCAUCCAGCUCCACGCACUGACUGAUGGAGAUGGAAAACUAGAGCACUGCAGAGCCAUGUCCAGCGACGAAGACAGCUUCUGUGAAGCAGAAAGAGAAGUGAACAAGGAUUGCAGAGAUCAGGAACCCCUCUCCUUCUCUGCAGACCUUCACAGUUCAGGAUACUCCUCCGUCCAAAGCGUCAGCCCCUCAUCCACGUGCUCCUCCUCCUCCCUCAUGCCUUGCUCAUUUAAGUCCUUUACCACUUCUUUGGGUGCAGCUUCUGCUAAUGCACAGCCAGGCUUCCGCCUGUUGGUGCCCAUGCAGAGGCCCCGGGGCACCUCAAGCAAACAGGUGAAGAGGAAGAACUCAGCGGCUCAUAGUGGAGGUGAGGUGGAAAGAGAAGAAGAGGAUGGGGACGAGGACAAGUAUUCUACCAGUGUGGGGUUUCUCAGCCUAUAAGAGAGUGGUUAUUUAAAUGGCCCCAAGCUGUUCACAGACCACCUGCUCAGUCAUUAUCCUCCAGCACUUUCCUUUAGUUCUCGACGCUGUUCCUCACUCCUGUCAGUUUGCACUGGUCCGUCAAUUGCCAGAAGAUCAAGAAACUUUGAGGUUCAAGACAAUUAAGGGAAAAUAAAUAUAUAAAUAGAAACUUGCCUUUCUAUUACAUUUCAUUUCAUUUUCGAGUUUACAGGCAUGGCGCAGUAAAAUACCUCUCAUGAACAACGACUCACAGUCAGCUCUAAAACCACUGGAACAUAACUUGACUUUCCUCAGGACCCUGGUACAAUGGUUGCCAUUUUUGUUGUUUUAUAGCCUUCUACAGCAACCUAUCUCAGAUCAUGUUGGAUAGUUCAAAAAGAACCUCGAGGACUCGUUUUGGUGCAAAAGUUUUCAUUGGUAAGAUCAUAUUUUGAAAAACAUAGCUGCCAUGUUACUGUGACUGUUUUGGUUAUCAUAGUCUCUGAUAUGCACUGUCUGUACAAGAUUCAAUGUUGUUUUGGUGAAUGUCAUAAAUAGGUGACUGCACUGUCACUGUCAUAUUUGAUGAAAAUGUCUGUAUCUGAAGCCUAAAAUGAUACGACUGUCUGAAUUCUUCAUGUUCAGUGUUAUCCUAAGUUCUACAUGUGUUUGCCAAAGGUACUGUGGUGUUGUCAUUUGUGUUUUCAGGGGCAUGUACUUAAAAAGAAACAGAGCUGUGAAAUUAGUCUUUUAGUUGUCUGCAUCUUCUAUAGUCUUGUUCAUAUUCACCAGAAAAAUAUUUUGGAUCAAUAUUCUUUAAAAGACCGAUAGCACACUAAACCCAUCAGGAACACCACACAGAUGUUAAGUGUUGAGAUAUUAAUGCAGUAUGUGUAAGGUGUGCUGAUGAUGGGACUAUCCAAGAAUCCCCAGCUGGAUGAGUAUUGUACAAACCUCAGCUCACCAUCCGCGUGCUUGAUGCUGCACUCAUUAACUAUUCAGUUCAUGCUAUGAGGCACCCAAUGCAACAUGAAACUCUUAACAUGCUGAUAAGUUGUACUUUACCCACUUUUCCUCCCAUCUGAAUUAGGUCUAGCACUUUUAUCAUCACAGUAGGAGCGCAAUUCAAUGAAAUGUAAACAUUUUUAUGCUUGAACAAUCAAUACUUAAGUAUUUUUGAAUGGAUUUGUUUUGCCUCCUUGGAGAGAAAUGGAAGUUCAGACACUAAAGGAAAAUUAUUACUUGAUGGGGUUUUGAAAGUACUGUAUGCCUCAUUCAGGACAUGGAGUAUACAAUGUCUAAAUGAUUGUGACUAACUGUAAAUACAUUUUAAACUGUUACUCCAGACUGGUUAUUGCCUGUGUUUUAUAAAUGUACAUAGUACUAUAUGUAUAAAUGGGGAAAAAAAGAAAAAGAACAUGCCACUACUACUUGAAAUAGAUUUUGCUUCAUUCCAAAAAGGCAGUUUUCUUUGUGAAACUUCUGUUUUUCUACAGUACAAUGUUUCCUUAUUAGACAUGUGAUGUGAAUAUGUAAUUUUUGUAUUGAGUUCAAAUAAAACAAGCCAUCAUGCAAGUUUCCUCUCCAUGUUACAUUUUAUUUCAUGCCUUUGCCACCACACUGAUGUUUAAUUUGUAAUGGAUUUAACCCAAUUUGUGUCCUGAUUACUUUUAGCUAGACUGUUUGCUGAUUCUCAUGAACUUAUUGCAGUGUGCUGUAUUAUUCUUU